AUGGAACAGAUCGAAACGCAGGUAAGCGACCUGCGAUACCUCACCCAAACCCCCGGCGAGCAUCACAGGGCCGCCGCCUCGCCCGCCUCCGUCGUCUCCGUCGAUAAUUCCGCUCUGUACCGUGGCCAUUCCUCGCACUCGAUGCAGCCGUCGACCCCGGCCGGAGCUUCUGCGCCAUACGGUUCCGGUGGGGGGUCUGCGUCUGUGCCUGGCGGUGUUGGAGGAUCGCGAAACUCGAUUUCCCUGGAUGGGCCGACGCCGGGGAAUGGCGCAAAGAGAAAGGCCGAUGAGGAGGAGCCUGGGACUGGCGCUGGGGCUGCGGGACCGACGAAGCAGCAGAGGAGUAAGAGGAAUCGCUAUAUCUCAAUUGCCUGCAACGAAUGCAAGCGCCGAAAGAUAAAAUGCAAUGGCGAAACCCCCUGUCAACGAUGCGGAAACCUCAACCUCGCCUGCCUAUACGCUCCAAACUGCUGCUCCAACAACUUCAAAGAGUCCGAGGAGUUUAAAAACAUGACGGCCAAGGUCAGCAAGCUCCAGGAGCAGGUCGACAAUCUCUUCCAGAGCCUCAACGCCCUCCGAAGCGAAACCCUCCCGCGAAUGCUUCCCCCGCAAGACCGCGUCCUACCUCUCGUCUCGCCGAGCGCACCCCCGACCGUUUCGCCAUCUCCAGUCUUGUCGCACGGUUCUGCGUACCGGCCUGAGAUGACACAGCCGAAGACUACGUUCCGUGGAGGGCACCUGGGCGGCGCGUCGUUUGCUACUGAUAUGCCGACGAUACAAUCUUUGGGAGCAUACAAGGGUGUGCCAUACGGCACUGGAGACUCCGAGGCCGAUGAUCAAUCGCCUCGUCCGCUGGCUAUUCAAAGUGGCGCCAGUGGCGGACCGACUACUUCGGCCCCUCAGGACCCUCUAUGGGACAUGUCGAAUGACGAGAUGCUUCGCCUUUGUCGCCUACACGAAGAGGAGAUUGGAAUCUUGUUCCCGGUUAUUACCAUCCAGACCGUUACAAGUCACGCGCAAAGUCUAGCCUCGUUUAUGGAGAGUAGUAGGAGAGACGGCAUGUUACCGAGCCUAAACGACGAGAGGACGUUGCUUCUGAAAGUGGUCAUCUGUUGCGCGCUCACCUUUGAGGAACAUGGCCACAGCGACAAGGCGACUCGUAUCUACGAGAGUAUGGAGGCUGAGCUCAACGCGAAGCUCAUGGCCGAGGCGAACAACGUCAGGAAUUUACCGCUCCUCAUAUUGCUGGCAGGCUACCGGUUCCUAUCCAACGACGAGAUCCUUGCGUGGAGAGUUAUGGGACAGGUGGCGAGGUUGUGUCUCGAGCUGGGUCUGCAUCACCGGAGUAGCAUGAUGGCGAUCGAGAACGACGAGGAUAGGCAGACUGGGCUUACGUGCUUUUGGUUUGCCUACGUGUAUGAGAGGAUAUGGUCGUUUGGGACGGGGCUACCGUAUGUUGCGAGAGACGAGGAUAUCGACCCGCAGCUACCGUUACCGGAGGAUCAUCCAUAUCUCAUGACACUGAUCGCGUACUCGCGGUUAGGCGCUCGAGUUUUCAAGCUCACGUCACAGUACGGCCAGCCCGCUGCUCAGGAAAUUUCGACCUACGAAGUGAACAACCUAGACCGAGAAAUCGUUCAGUGGUAUGAAAAGGCGCCGGAGGAGGUCAAGAUCAAGGACUGGAGUCAGGAGAAGCGGAUGGUUACCACCCCUUCGUACAAUCUUCGACGAUUGCGGAUAUGGACAUAUCUCCGCUUUAACCAGCUCCGUCUAUGGCUGUAUAGGCCCUUCCUUUGCAACUCCAACACCAUCCGAAACAACUUCCACUACGCCCAAACCGCCGUUCACCUCGCUACCGACACCAUCCGCUACCUCAACCACAUCGACACGACGACAAACCUCUACCGAAAAAUGCAAGUCUUUUACCAACAAUUCCUCACAUCGGCCGUCGCCGUCGUCUUCCUCGCUGCGGCGCACUGCCCGCAACAGUUCUCGGCCGUGUCCCGCGACCACUUUUACAUGGUGCUCGACCUCGUCAAAGACCUCUCGGCAAAGUCGUGGGUAUCCAAGAGGCUCUGGCGCACAUUCAGCGCCCUCAAAGAAGUCGCGCCCAAGGUGACGGGGAGCAUGAUGACCCCGUCUGCCGCGCACGACGACCAUCUGACUGACGGGUCAUCGACGGGGCUUUCCAUGGGAUCCGGCACCGCUAGACCGCAAUCAGCUCUUCACCCGAUUUCGAUGAUAAAUAAUAAUAAUACUAAUAAUAGCCCCUAUCCGAGACCUACGCUCAGAUCGGCUCCCGUAGCGCCGAGGCCCGGGGGACCGUACGCGCAGCAUGCCGAGCCCCCCGUGGCGCAGAGCGCAAACGGUGUGCAGUUGAUGAUGGAGAUGAGGAGGGUUUUCGAUGUUUAUAUCGGAGGCGGGAGUGGAGGGCCUGGGAAGGUGGAUUUAUUACCUUCGGCGAAUUCGUUCGGGAGAUUUGUGGAGGAGAAUGUGUUUCACCAUUUUAAAGAGUUGGUUUAG